UGCUCCUAUCCUGUGUGGGAGGACUUCAGCGCCAAGGCCACCAAGCUGCAUUCCCAGCUCCGAACCACUGUGCUGGCUGCUGUGGCCUUCCUGGAUGCCUUUCAGAAGGUGGCAGACAUGGCCACCAACACUAGAGGAGCAACCAGAGACAUCGGUUCAGCUCUGACCAGGAUGUGCAUGAGGCACCGCAGCAUCGAGGCCAAACUGCGCCAGUUCACAAACGCCCUGAUGGAGAGUCUGAUCACCCCUCUUCAGGACAAGAUUGAGGACUGGAAGAAAACUGCCAACCAGCUUGAUAAAGAUCAUGCCAAAGAGUACAAGAGGUCACGCCACGAGAUCAAGAAGAAGUCAUCUGACACCAUCAAGCUGCAGAAGAAGGCUCGUAAAGAGAUGCAGGGGCGAGGGGACCUGCAGCCUCAGGUGGACAGCGCCAUGCAGGACGUGACCGACAUGUGCCUGCUGAUGGAGGAGACGGAGAAGCAGGCGGUGCGCCGGGCCCUGGUGGAGGAGAGGGGGCGCUUCUGCACCUUCAUCAGCUUCCUGCAGCCUGUGGUGAACGGAGAGAUCGCCAUGCUGGGAGAGAUCACUCACCUCCAGGCCAUCAUCGACGACCUCACUGUGCUGACAACUGAUCCUCACAAACUGCCCCCAGCUAGUGAACAGGUGAUAAAGGACCUGAAGGGCUCAGACUACAGCUGGUCCUAUCAGACGCCUCCGUCAUCCCCCAGCAGCUCCGGCUCUCGCAAGAGCAGCAUGUGCAGCAGCGUCAACAGCGCCCACAGUAGCGCCUCCCGCUCCUCAGGGGGAGGGGGUAGUGCUGGUUUUGGUGGUGGUGGUGGUGGAGGCUCCCAGCCACACUCACCCACCUCAUCUUCCUCCUCCUACGUUCGCUACCGCAGCAGCCUGCCGCACCAGAACCUGCCACCGGGGGGCAUCGCCGCUCACCGCCUCAGCAGUGUCUCCUCCCACGAUUCAGGCUUCGUGUCCCAGGAUGCAAAUAUCUACUCCAAGCCGCCCUCGCCAAUGCCCUCAGACAUCACUAGCCAGAAGUCCUCCAGCUCAGCGUCGUCAGAGGCUUCAGAAACGUGCCAGUCAGUCAGUGAAUGCAGCUCCCCCACCACUGAUUGGUCCAAAGCAGGUCAGUACGAGCAGCCGGUGGCGGCUGCAGCGGUUCAGAGGAGGAAGGAACCUCUGGACAGACUGAGGGAGAGCGAGGGGUCCCCGAGCGCGCAGGGGUACGCCGGGGCAUCAUCAUCGCACCCCGAGGACCCGCAGAGAUCCAGGAUGACCCCGGCGAAUGUCGUUGCCAAGCACGGAGACGAGGUUUCUCCCGCUGCCAGCGACUUGGCCAUGGUGCUGACCAGAGGACUCAGUAUGGAGCAGCAGAAGAGCAACAGAGACUCGCUGCACUACUCCAGCGGCUACAGCACAGAGACCACCACCCCGUCCUGCUCCGAGGACACCAUCCCCUCACAAGGUUCAGAUUACGACUGCUACUCUGUGAACGGGGACACCGAGGGACCCGACGGACAGACAGACUUUGACAAGUCCUCCACCAUCCCUCGCCACUCUAACAUCGCCCAGAACUACCGACGAAUGAUCCAGACCAAGAGGCCCGCCAGCACAGCCGGGCUACCCAGUGGGGUUCUGGGUCCUGGGGGUCAUGUGAUACCUGGACAACCGGGUGGAGCAGGCGGAGGAGGAGCAGGCACUCCGGGCACCGCCACCAUCCGCAGGACCCCGUCGACUAAACCAGGUGUGAGGCGCACUCUGUCCAACGCGGGGCCCAUCCCCAUCCGACCACCCAUUGUGCCUGUGAAGACCCCCACUGUCCCCGGAGACUCACACUCACCCGGUGCAGGUGGGGGUGGGUACGCAGGUGGAGGGCAUGCUGGAGGCGUGCCCGUGCGUGUGGGCAGCGAGGAGUGUGUGUUCUUCACCGGAGUGGACGAUACUCAGGGAGCGCUCGAUUACGUGAAGGCGUCACCAAAGCGCCUCAGCCUGCCUAACACCGCCUGGGGGUCUGGGGCGGCGUUGGAGGUCUACGCCCAGCAGCACGGGGGUCUCGUUCUGGGAGCCGGCUCGGGUGCCGGAUCAGAGGAGGAGCAGAUGAUCGCGGCCAAUCGGCACAGCCUGGUGGAGAAGAUCGGCGAGUUGGUAGCCAGCGCACACGCCCUCGGAGAGGGCCAGUUUCCUUUCCCCGCCCUCCCCGACGACCCCGCCCUGCAGCCGACCGGCCCCGCCGACUCUCAGACAGGGACAGAGGGGGCGGACGGGUCCGGCGACAUGUUGACCACCAUCAGGAGAGGAGUCCGCCUUCGCAAGACCGUCUCGAACGACCGGUCGGCCCCGCGCAUCUUGUGAUCGGAGGAGAAGCAGGAAGAGGAUGAAGUUCGUCAGCCAAUAGGGAGGCAGGUGUUGGUGUGGUGCAACCCAACCGCCUAGUACACAAAAAACUUAACCAUGUAGGAAGAGCUCUAAUAUAACAGAAGAUGAAUGAAAACAAAAACAAACACAAAAACAAGUGUAAAGACAUCAUUAGAGUAAACGAUAUAUAAUAUAAAGAUAAUAACAACGUUAAUAAUGUUAACCAAUGCUGAUAAUUAAAAAGCUAAAUACUGAAUAUUGACAGGCUCCUAGACAGCCACUAUAACUAGUGUGUGUUGGACGCAUGUUUGUCUUCUCUACACCUCCACCCAGGGAUGGAAAAGACUCGCAAGGAAAAACAGAUACGAUAAAAAAAAAAGGUGAAAGAAAGAGCGAAAAGACUGGGUUCUGUUUGCCAACCUAUACCCUUCCCCUCCAACUAACCCCGACUGUCGAACGCCAGAGGAAGGACAGACUGAUGACCGAAGGACCCAUGGGCGAGAGAGAAGGGGGGGUCAGAGUGCCAUGUGACCGGCUUGGAUUGAACCCAGGCUGUCUCAGCAGCGACAUACUGUACUUACUAGCCCACUGAACUGAAGCUUUGGUAUUAGCACGGGGAGCUAACGGGGAGCUAACGGGCCAGAGGGCUCACUCUGGUUCACUCUAAUAUAAAAGAGUCUUUAAAAAAUACGGUUGGCAUUGAACCGUGCUAGUGCCCCUUCCCCUCUCUCUCUCUCUCUCUUUGUGUGUGUAGUGUGUGUCUAUAAUGAGAAUGCAUGUAGGAGAACGUGAAAAGAAAGUGUGUGCACAUGUGAGUGACUGUGUGUGUGUGUGUGUGUGUGUGUGUGUGUGUGUGUGUGUGUGUGUGUGUGUGUGUGUGUGUGUGCGUGUGUGCGAGGGGGGCGGGUAGAGCUCUGCUGCAGGACAGCUGGUUACCCAAUGAGGGCAGGGCUUUUCUCCUGUGUGUGUGUGUGUGUGUGUGUGUGUGUGUGUGUGUGUGUGUGUGUGUGUGUGUG